AGAGUUCAGAGGUCAGGGCGUCGGGCUGGAAGUGAGGGAACGUUCCCAGGGUGGUGCGUGGAGGCGUCGCUGUCGGACGCUGGGACGUGCUUCGGGCCAGGGUGACCCAAGCUACAAAAUGUCAGUUGCUCGUUCUGCUGUCCAUGCCAAAUGGAUUGUGGGGAAAGUGGUUGGGACAGCGAUGCAGAGAACUGCCAAAGUGCAAGUAAACAGGCUUGUUCUGGACCCCUACUUACUCAAGUACUUUAACAAGCACAAAACAUACUUUGCUCACGACGCUUCAGAGCAGUGCACUGUUGGGGACAUUGUGCUUCUCAAAGCAUUGCCGGUACCACGAACCAAGCACGUGAAACACGAAUUGGCUGAGAUCAUCUUCAAAGUUGGAAGAGUCAUCGACCCAGUUACUGGGAAACCCUGUGCAGGAACCGUGUACCUGGAAAGCCCGACAAGCCCCGGGACUGCCCCACUCAACCCGAGUCUAAAAGAACCGAAUCUUCCUUCUGCAUAGCUGCAUGAAGCCCAGAAGACACCGGCCAAGAACACACUGAACACUCUGGCCGAGGAGGCUUUUGUAAAUGUUUCGACUCCAGCCAUCCUACUUUUGUAGUGAAGUACUCCCCGCUGAACAGUAAGGAAGGGACAUUUUGAAGAAUGGGGUUUUUCACAAUAGUGACUGUUUCAAAUCACCUUAUUGGAAUGACAAUGUGAAUAUGACUUUCUUAGAAUCUCUGAGCUUAUAGCAACCUGUUGCAUUAUUGAAUAAGCCAACUGUUUUUGGAAAUUAGGAUUGAUGGUUCACAGAAUUUAAAAUAACAUAGGAGCUGGUGGG